GACAAGAGGAGUUUAAGAGUUUAAAAGGUGUGGGACAGUCCUGGAGAGAGAGGACGUCAGCUGCACAUUACAAAGAACGCACAAGGGAGGCUCUCGCCACUAUCUGGUGGGAGAAGAGCCACAACGGACCAGAGAGAGAGAGACCAGCGGGAGGUCCACAUACCAGCAUACCGCCACCAGAUAAGCAAAGGGAAGAGAGAACCUCCGGACAGAGUAAGCAGCAACAGAACCACCAGACCCCGACUUCUACACAGGAGAGACGUGCAGUUCCUCUACAUUGCCUCCCGACGGAGAGAAGCAGAAGAGACCAAGAAUCACGUUCAUCUGACAGAGGAGACUGUGGGUUCCCAUCCCCAAACUCCAGACGAACAGAGAGGAGCAAGAACCAAGGGAAGAACCAGAGCUAGAUCUACCAGGCUCCACAUCACUAUUCCAUCAUGAGCAUGAGUGGCACUCUGGAGAAGGGAGCUCACCACCAGGCUCUUGACCUGUCUGAGGAGCUGUCCCACCACCACCAUCACCACCACCACGCCCACCACCAGCACUCCAACUCCCUGGCCUCCACCGCCCCGGUAGGGACCCUCCCCUCCGGCGUGGUGGUCCCGCCCCCGUACUCUGCGGCGGAGAGCGCGGGCGGGGGGAGCGACGCGCCCCUGGAGCUGCGGGGCUCGCUGGACUGCUGGGCGUGCUCCGUGCUGGUCACCGCCCAGAACCUCGUCAUCGCCACCAUCAACGCCUGCCUGGCCGGACUGGUGUUCGGCCUCAUCCUCACCCCCGCCAUCGUCAUGGUGAUGUUCGGGUUCCUCUGCCACUCUACGGUGCGACCCCACGGGACCUCCCCGUACUGUUCAGACCUGCUGAGCGACGGGGGCUGUGUGGCCCUGCUGGUGGUGGGCUUCCUCCUGGUCACCCCCCUGCUGGUCCUGGCCCUGGCCGCCUACUGCCGCCUGGCCCGCCACCUCCAGCUGGGCCUCUGCUUCAUCCCCUACAGCCGCGCCGUCUACAAGAACCUGCCCGCCACCCAGCACCGGGGCCUGGGGGGGGGCUGCUGCGGGGGGCGAGGGGGUUCGGAGGGAGGGAAGGGCAAGGUGUGGGUGUAA